GACUACGGAAAGGACUCAGCCUUGACUGCUUCUCACCCUGAGCCAACCACCUCCUUGCAAGGAUGAAGACCGCUGCCCUGGCUGUCUUCCUGGUCAUCACUGCCUUCUUACCCCAGGCUAAGAUGCGAUUGCGCCCCGUUAUAGCGUCCUGCUGUUUCUCCUAUCCGGCACACCACCUCUCGCUGGACCAAGUGAGCUCAUUUAAACACACAGACAAAAGGUGCCCUGAGCGAUCUGUCAUAUUCCUCACCAAAAAUGGUCGCCAAAUCUGUGCGGAUCCGAAAAAACCGUGGGUGCAGGAUCUCAUUGAUGCUCUGUAGCCAAACUGAGAACUUUCAACUUUCCACUUCAAAAGAGAAGAGAAAGUUUCUGUCUGUAACGAUCAGCAUAAGGGGAGGAGCCCUUACAUUUCCCUUGCUAACUGAAGACAUAGGCCUUAGCUAGACCUAAGGUUUAUCCCGGGAUCGUCCCUGCUUGCUCCCAUGAUAUCCUAUGUGUCAUUUACAUGAAUGGGGAUGACCCUGGGACAAUCCCGGGAUAAACCUUAGGUCUACCUAAGGCCAUAUAUCCUGAGUGUUUAUUUGUAGAACGCAUGCUGUAUUCUAUUCAAAUUAUGUCUUUCUCUUUUAAGAUUAUGUCUUUCUCUUUGUAAACCGCCCAGAGAGCUUCAGCUAUGGGGCGGUAUAUAAAUGUAAUUAAUUAAUUAAUUAACAACAACAACAACAAUAAUAAUAAUAGACAGAAGAAUAUUAUAAUCGCCACCAUCCUUUUCUUUCUUCCUGUGAUUUAUUCAUACUUUUGAUAUCCUUCCCUUUUUCAAAAAAGUGCUACAUAUACAUUUAUUUGUUUGUAUGCUAAUAAAAAUAACACUGAAACAA